AUGACAAGCAACAGUCCCAACAAUCAUCGAGCCGAUAAUGUUCCUCGUUUAGAUGAAUUUUGUGAACGUGCUGUAAAAGAUGUAUUGAGCUUGUACUGUCUCGAGUUAUCUGAUGAUAAAUUCGCUCAUUUUGCUCAGGAUGUUCUCUUUGAAGACCAGUUCGUGUACGUGCAGGGUAUAAACAAGAUGAAGGCCAUGUGGUACGCCUUAAGUAAACCUGUCUCGAAAGCUUGUAUGGAGUCGUACAAGAUUAUUUACAAUGAUGAUGAUAUCGUUCGGAUUGACCUUAAUGUUCGAAACACAAUCCGCUGCUUGAAUUUCGAGGUUAAGUACCACAGUGUCUGUGAACUAGAGUUUAAAGAAGAUAAAGUGGUGAAAAUGGUGGACAAUUUUUAUGGAUACGGAAUUAAAAACGAUGGAUUGGGAUCUGGUGUUUAUAGGCUCUUACGAAAGGCGAACGGCACGGCGUUGUCUACAAUUAUUUCUGUUACUGGCAAUUAA